AGGAAAUACACAACGUGAGCGCUUCUCUGUCUCUCCGGACUGUAGUUUCUUGUCGCUGGACAGACAGACAGAAGCUGUCUGACUGUCUGCUGCUGGUGUUGUCUGGAUUCCUCCUCUCGUCUGUGUGUCGUUAUGUCACUGUCUGAAUUUCUGACCUGAAAAACUUGGUGAGAAAGCCUGAAAAUUAAGAAUGGACCCGGACGCUGACCUACAGCAAACAGAUAGCAGCACUCCAGCUGAUUCAACAGAUCGUCCCACGAGGAUGACAAGACAACAGAUCCUCACCUUACUAUCAAUGGCAUCUGUCAACUUCAGUUCAAUGAUUUGCUACUCAAUAUUAGGCCCAUUUUUCCCCACCGAGGCAGUGAAGAAAGGAGCCAGUCAGACUGUCGUUGGACUCAUAUUUGGCUGCUACGCUGUGUGCAAUUUAAUUGGUUCAUUGGUACUGGGAAAAUAUAUUGUCCAAAUUGGUGCAAAGUUCAUGCUCAUUACUGGACUUUUUGUGUCGUCAUGCUGCACCAUUCUGUUUGGAUUACUUGAUCGGCUUCCUGAGGGACCUGCCUUCAUUAGUAUGUGCUUUGUUGUAAGGUCCAUCGACGCCGUGGGCUUUGCGGCUGCAAUGACCUCCUCUUUUGCCAUCACAGCAAAAAUAUUCCCAAACAAUGUGGCAACUGUUCUGGGCAGUUUGGAGAUUUUCACAGGACUCGGUCUUAUCGUGGGGCCACCAGUAGGAGGCUGGUUCUAUCAGUCAUUUGGAUAUGAAGUCCCUUUUAUGCUUCUUGGAUGUUUGCUAAUGAUUAUGGUUCCUUUCAACAUUUACAUCUUGCCGACUAUAGAGGCAGACCCCUCCAAAAAUUCAUUCUUUAGGCUUCUCACCCAUGUGAAAAUAGUCCUGAUCUGCUACGUGAUAUUCAAUCUCAGUGCAGGUCUGGGCUUCUUGGACGCCACCUUGUCCCUGUUUGCUAUCGAGACGUUUAAUCUAUCACCUGGCUACGUGGGACUCAUCAUGCUUGGUUUGUCGUUACCGUACUGUCUCUCAUCGCCGCUGAUGGGUUAUUUCACCGACAAAUAUCCUGCCACAAGGAGUUGGUUCAUGGUGACGGGAGGUCUUCUCACAGCAGUUGGGUUCUGUCUACUUGGUCCUGUUCCUUUCCUUCAAAUCCGGAGUCAGCUGUGGUUACUGAUCCUCAUGCUUGGUGUAAUUGGGUUUUCUCUGGGCAUGACUGCAAUCCCCACGUUCCCUGAGAUCAUCACAUGUGCAUAUGGGCAAGGAUUUGAUGAAGGACUAAGUACUCUUGGAAUGGUGUCGGGGCUGUUUGGGGCAGUUUGGUCCCUGGGGAUGUUUUAUGGCCCAACAGUGGGCGGCCUUAUCACACAACAUCUGAGCUUUGAGUGGGCAGCUGCAAUCCAAGGAGGCUUGGCGUUUUUAGCUGCCUUUCUCCUUGCUCUGUAUUAUGUCUUUCACCGGCCGCAACAACAAAGCAGUCCAGAAGAUGGGAGUAGACAAACAGAUGAAAGCACUCCUCUACUGAACGAAUGAACGCCUCAGAAACAUGUGGAAGGACGCCACACUAACCAAAACCCUAUCUUACCGUUUCACCUACUUGAGGGCAUCAGCUUUCAAGUUAAACAAAAUGGGUUUUUUUAUUGUCAUUAAUUGCUUUGUAACUUUUUUAAUUAUAAAUUGUAAUGAUUUUUUCUUGGGUAAUGGAAAUGUUUUGUUACAUUUUUUCAUGUACUAGUUUGUUCUUAUGAAAUGCCUUAAAAUGUAUAUGUAGUGGGUACUGCCUAACAGCCGUGAAACAAAACAGAAUAACUGUACACUACUGACUUUAAGUUGGUACAUUACAAUGCAAAUUGUCAGAUUAUCUUUUCAUACUGUUAAGUAUUUUCAAGUUGCACUUUGGAUGAAUGUAACAUGAAUGAAUAUAGUGAACCACUGGAAAUCACACAACAUUUUAAGUCCAGAUCACAAACUAAAUGUGCCUUUUGUUGUAUUAAUGAUCUUAGUUUUCUACAUCGCAUGAUUGGAUUUCAUGUUGAAGUGACACGUGUCAAGAGCUGCUGACCACAUUCAUAGUAAUACAAAGGAAAAUAACUAUGUUUAGAUCUUUAUCUUUGAAGUGAUGCAUUGUACAAGUCAUAGUUCUAACGAUCAAGUUAUAAAUAUAAAACCAAUGCUAAUGAACACCAUACAUUAAUGUUAAUUUAUAAGUAAUGCAACUUUAAUGGCUCAGGUAAUUCUUGAAACUAAUUUUAAAUAUUUAUACAUACAUAUAUAUAU